AUGGAUGUUUCUAUUGACAGUGAUUUCCGUCCAGUUGAUAGCUCCCUAUAUACUCCAAUUGCGAACAAACACACCCUCCUAGUUCUAAAAAUCUUGCGAUGGCGGCGAUGGUUAUUAGCCUUCUUCAUUUUCGUGUUCAGUGCAGGUGCUGCGCUCGCGGAUUACAAGAAAAGUGCAGUAGUUUCACUCGUGUUUGGACUUAUUGUUGCUAUGACGUCGUUCGUGGCAUAUGUCUUUUCGCCGGAAAAUCAUUCGAAUGAGGACAUAGAAGCACAUCCAUUUCAUUUUCGAAGCCAUACUACCGAAAGUUCACCGGUACCAUCUUUUCUUCUUACGUCCUUGUCAAAUGUCCACACUCCAUCUUCAUCUUAUCUUCCUACUCCCCAGUUGGAGCGAUUUUCAUCUGUGUCAAUUGUGGUAAAUCAGGACAUACAGGAGCAGGAGCAGGAGCAGGAGCAGGAGCAGGAGCAGGAGCAGGAGCAAGAGAAGCUGGAGGAGCCGGAGGAGUCGGAGAAACAAGAGGGAAAAAUACGAACAGGAAGGAAGCAUAAAAUGCCCAUGAGGGACAUUGAUAAUGAGCAACAGCUGCCCGAAGACGAGUAUGCAACGAGAGCUCAACUAUCCAGAGCCUGGAAGGAGGUUGAGAAAGCUCUUGGUGUUUCGCUAGGUUCUUUUUCUUCUACGAGUUCCUCUACGACAAGUGUGUCCAGUACAGCCCCGCGAGAUGGUUUCAGAAAGCGGGCCGGGGGUCAUGCAAAUGGGAAGGGAAGAAACGAGACGAGGCGCAUCUUGGAAGAAGAGCAAAUGGAAUGGGUAGAAGAACAGUCAGCGAGUUUCCAGGUUGCAAGAACUUGA